UGUGCAUCACCAUUGGCUCUUACCAUGUAACGAGCUGGUCGAGAAUAUUAAAGUCAUAAUGGUCAACAUGUCCGGAAAGCGCCGUCGUCUCGAAAACGCGACAUCCACGCUCACCAAACCGUUCAAAUCACCUCUCCGCCGGCCAGUGCAAGCAAACAACCAGAAAGGAGACGACAAGUCAUCCACAGCCGCAAUUCCACGCAGUACAAUCACCGAGAAAGACGAAAUAAACACACCUGGCCGAACCUCAACUCCCACAGCAACCUCCAACCCAACCUCCCAAACCCGCAAACGAAAGACCACCACCACCAACACAAUAACACCCACCAAAAAAAGCUCCAUCCUCCUCGAUCCCGAAAUAUCCGCUCUCCAAAAACACCACCGCAGCCUCCAAUCCCGCCUCGCAACCCUCCACACCGACCUCGACACCGCUCAACAAGCCCUUCGCAUCGAGUCCUCGAACCGCGAAACAGAACUUGAAUCCCUAAUUGCCAAAUGGAAAGCUAUUAGCCAGGACGCGGCGGAGGAAGUAUUUACGGGGGCACAGGAAAGGGUUGCAAGGAUGGGGGGUAUGGGGGCUUGGAGGGGGCAGAUGAGGAGUCAGCAAGAGAGGUGGGAGAGAGAGGAGAUGGAGGAUUGGUUUGGGAGUGCGGAGGCGGCCGGGGGUGAGGUUGAUUAUGGGGAUGAAGAUGGGAUUGUGAGGAGGAAGGAGGAGGUGCUAGCGGAGUUAGGUGCUGCUAAGGAGAAAGAGGAGAGUAACAAGGAAGAGGAAGAGAGGGGCGAUGAGAAUGAGGAAUUUACCAUGGACUUCAUGCUCAGAACGCUAAACAUCGACCCGCAAAUGAUCGGAUUUGACGUUACUGGACAAAAAUGGACCAAGAACUGAGACCUUGUGUGGGAAUGUACGACUGAACUUAUCAGAGCCAUCUGAUUGUAUGUGUAUGCGUUUCGCGUGUUUAUGCUCCCUUUACUUCACGAUGAACGAUAUAGACAGGCGUUUAAAGGUGUACUUAAUCUAAGACAAAGCGGAUCAACUUCGAAUAACGAUGCUUUGACUUAUCUCCUCCGCAUUUCAGUCUUUUGUAUACAGGGCCCGAUCACCAUGCCGAG